AUGUCUGGACAGGGAGAUCGUUUUAACAUAUUUCCAUCUCGGAUGGCGCAAACAGCCAUGAAAGGAAGACUUAAAGGUGCUCAGAAAGGCCAUAGACUGCUAAAACGAAAAGCAGAUGCUUUAACCGUUCGUUUCCGUAGUAUAUUGAAGCAAAUAAUACAGGCGAAACAAGCAAUGGGCGAAGUUAUGAAAGAGGCUAAUUUCUCACUUGCUAGUGUUAAGUUCACAACAGCAGCAAAUAUUAACAGCCUAGUACUGCAGAACGUAACUAAGGCCCAAAGAAAAGUCAAGACAGAUAAGGAAAAUGUCGCAGGUGUGCAGUUACCGGUAUUCAAAGUCGUUGUGGAGGGAUCUGACACAUAUGAACUGACAGGUUUAGCUGGUGGUGGUCAACAAAUCGACCGACUAAAAAAGAACUACAGCAAAGCUGUUGAUUUAUUAGUUGACUUAGCAUCUCUUCAAACGUCUUUCAUUACUCUAGACGAUAUCAUAAAAGCAACUAAUCGUCGAGUGAAUGCUAUUGAAUUUGUUAUCAUACCGAAAAUUGAACGUACAUUGAACUAUAUCACACAAGAACUGGAUGAACGCGAAAGAGAAGAAUUUUUUAGAUUGAAAAAAGUUCAAGAGAAGAAAAAACGUAAUCGUGCCCUUAAAGAAUUAGAAUUGAAAUCUAAAGGAUUUGAACUAGCCUCAGCUGACCAUGCUCCAAAUAUUUUGAACGAAGAUGAAAAUGAAGGACAAAUUCUCUUUUAA